AUGCGUCAGAAAUAUGGCGUUUUCCGAUCAGCCGAUUGCGAAAUAGCCCAUGCAAAAGCACCGACCAGCCACUCAAACACUUUCUCUGCAUGCCGGUGUGAUCCGUAUCCGCAUCACAAGAAGCAAUUUCCUCUCCAUCCGGCUCCAUUCUGCAUCACCCUUCAACGCUCCUCCGCGAUAAGGCUAGUCGCUUUUUCUCUCACCGUGGGACCCGAGCCACUCCAUGCGACAAUCGAUGGCUGGCGGUCGCCGGAAACCCAAACGGCCGGCUACACCUUCUCGAACACUGAGCAUGGGCAUGGGUCGGCUAGUCUUACUCUUGUGCUAUCUCGGCCUCUCGUGAUGACUGGUAGGGGCACCCUAGACUCCUCGAGCACUAACAAGCUUCGUUAUGCUUCAAGCGGGAAUAACAAAUUCUUUCCCAUUCGCUGGUCCCCUGCUAUUUGGACCCCUGGAUCUCGUCGACUAUACCCCAAUCGCCCUCUUGCAGCUGGGCACUUACCCAAAGACCUGCUCGCAACCUGCAUAAGCGUCGCUCAACCCAAGGACAGGCCUUCUUCCGAUUAG